AUGAGUCCGCCCACUCUGGCAGCCUGGAAUGUUCGUUGCCUUUUAGACAAUCCGACGAACGACCGACCGGAACGGAGAACGGCUCUAGUGGCACGAGAACUGGCGCGCUACAAGUUGGACAUCGCCGCACCCAGAGAUACUCCAUUCUCCGAACAAGGCCAAAUGGAGGAGGUGGGUGCCGGUUACACCUUCUUCUGGAGUGGUCAUCUCAGGGCAGAGCAACGAGACUCGGGUGUCGCCUGCGCCAUCCGGAACGACAUCGUGGGAGCACUGCUCUGUUUGCCUCAGGACAUUAACGAUCGCCUGAUGAGCCUCCGCCUGCCUCUCCGGCGGGGGGGGGGGGAAAUUCACCACCAUCAUCAGAGCUUAAGUUCCGCCGUUGACCAGCCACGACGCCUCCGCCGCAGGAGACAAAUUCUACGAGGACCUGCACACCCUCUUGGCGACUGUGUCGAAGGUGGACAAGUUGAUUGUCCUUGGGAACUUCAGCGCCCGCGUCGGCACAGAACGUGCUGCCUGGAGAGGCACCUGGAGAACACCUUCUUCUGUCUGCCGUAGCGAGAGAAGGCCACCUGGAGGCAUCCUCGGUCGCGUCAGUGGCACCCGCUGUACUAUGUCCUCGUUCGGAGGCGAGAUCAGCGGGACGUGCUGGGGACAAAGGCGAUCGCGGGCGCUGACGGGUGGACCGACCAUUGCCUCGUCAUCUCGAAGAUGUGUAUUCGCCUACAGCCUCGCAGGAGACCACAAGUUAAGCGACCCCCAGGUAAGCUGAAUAUUGCCUUGUUGUCUUUGCCCGCUAACUAUCUUCAUUUAGGCAAUGAGUUAGCUCAACGGCUAGACAACCUUCCAAUCGCUGCCGACGCCGACGCCGCCGCUGCCGAGAACGCUUCCAUGGCGAACCGCUGGAGUCCACUGCGAGACACGGUCCAGUCAACGGCGCUAGCCGUCCUCGGUCGCGCAUGGCGCCAACAUCAGGACUGGUUCGACGACAACGACGCCGCCAUCAGCAAUCUGCUCGUCGAGAAGAACUGCCUACAAAAAGCCUACGUACACCACUCCACCGACGACAACAGAGCUGCUUUCUACCGCAGUCGCCACCAUCUUCAGCUAAGGCUGCGCCGACACGUCAAGCGUCGUGGAUAG